AUGUCUAAAGUAUUAAUUAUUGCUGGUAUUCUUUCACUCAUUCACUGUGGUUAUUCUGCUGCCCAAUAUCGAUCACAUCUUCGUUUAAUAGAACAAGAUUUUGACGGAUUUUUGCCGGCUGAUAUAAUUUUGCAAGCCUUAUUCAGCCUUUUUGUUUCUCUUUUUGGAAUUGUUCAAUUGUGUGAUGGAUUUAAAGAAAUUCGUGCUCUAAACGAAUUACAAUCAAAAACUUGUGAAACUUUGGAGAAUCGACCAUCAUUCUAUACAUUUAACCAUCGGGGCAGACUCAUACCACCCGUCAACGAGGAUUAA